GAGCGCGCCUCUCUCGCGCGCGUCCUUUCUGGCAACUUCUGAUGGCUUUUAACACUUUUUUUGGACACGGAGGACGUCUAAACGUGUAAAAGUGCUCCACUUUUUGGCUGGUUCGGCUCGGCGACGCAGGCACCUCUAAAGUGGAAUAUGACUAAAUCGAACGUCUAUCACGAGGAAGACUUUGACAUCGUUCAUCGAUGGUUGCGGGCUAUCUGAAGGAGAUCUUCUGGUUCAAGGAAAUUCCAGAGCUACCUUUUGGAUAUAGAGAACGCUGGUCCGUUUCACUCACUUGGCUUUAAUGAUGUGAUGAACAGAGAAACCCACCGCAUAAUUUGCUUGACUAUGUUCAAACAGCACCACAACCCUCAGGCUAAUACAUAACGCCAGAGGACAAGAUGCGAGCUGAAGAAGAACCUUCUGAGGUUCCCGACACCCUAAUUUCCACUGAUGACAAAGCCCAAACUGGAAGAGAUGUUUUUGAACUUUAUACUGUUGGUGACGCUGCCAGCACAGAAAACAAAAAUUACACCAUAUUUGAUCUUACUGAUGGACUGGCAGGCAGCCAAUCAGAACCUCUUGAAAGUCAGGUGUCUGUAGAGAUGGAUGGGGCCAAAACAGUUCACCUGUUCGAGCCUCUUGUGGUGGACUCUUUAUUGAGAGGACCACCCGUGCCCCCGCGGCACACCAUUGACGAUGUCCAGGUCAGCUUGUCUUCCGAGAGGCUACAAGCCAGUGAGUAUAGCGACUCGGACUACAGCAGCUUUCAGUCUAGCCCAGGCUACACUAGCACGAGUUUCAGUGGUGAAGUCUUAAGUGAACUGAGCAGAAACUCUUCUGAAAAGACAAACUCGGUCCCUCCCACCCCCACGUCCAAAAAAUCCGGCAAAAGAACAAAAAACAGGCUCACUGCUGGCCGAGGCGAUUCCAAAUCUAAGAAAAAAUCAAAGCCUGCACCAAAAAAGGACCCCGUCGAUAACAGGGGCAACACAGGCGAUGAAGAGGAGCGUCAACGCAAGCAGCCCUGUAACAAGGUCACCGAAAGCCCGUGUCGCUGCUGCAGGUCCAUGCACAGGGGCUGUCUGCGGUGUGUGGAGGAGACGCCAGCCAUGUUGUCUGGACUGGUGCUGUCUUUGGCCUUCUGUGUGGCCAUCAUCGUCCUUAUUCCCACCACGGGAAGGGACCUUGACGUCCACAUCGGAGCUCUGGCGGUGGUCUGCGUGGUUGUCUGUCUGAGCGCCAUCCUGCUUGUGUGUCUGCCAUGGCUGGCCAAUGUACGGCGCUGCGCUGGCGCUUUGGCCCUUUUUGUGUGGGGGACGCUGUACGUCACCGCCAUUGUUUUCAUCUUCACCGGCGGGCCUGUGACAACAUGGGAGCAGGUCGCCUUCUUCCUCUUCCUGUCUCUGAGCGUGUACACAGUGCUGCCUCUAUCGCUGGCCUGGGCCAUCAUGGUGGGAAUUUGGACCAGUGUGACACACAUUAUCAUCAUCAGUGUUUAUGUCCCUGUCGUGAGCCCAGAGACACCAGAACUGGUUGUGCAGCUGGUGGCAAAUGUGGUGCUGUUCUUGUGUGUGAAUUGCAUUGGGGUCUUCCACCUGUGGACCACUGAGAAUGAUCUGAGGAUAUCCAAUCUGAAGAGAGAGGAGUUUAGUGCCAUCCGCUCUAAGAAGGAAAUUAGGAAAUACCAGCAGGAGGGGCUCCUGUUGUCUGUGUUGCCACGUUACAUCGCCAUAGAGCUGAAAACAGAGCUGAUAAACAGGCUAACGAAGCCCAGGAGCGAUGACGAAAAAAAUAAACACAACUUCCACAGCCUGUACAUACGGCAGCACAAGGACGUCAGUAUUCUGUACGCCGACAUUGUAGGCUUCACAAAGCUGGCCAGCACCUGCACACCAGAGGAGCUGGUUGCAGUGCUCAACAAGCUCUUCGGCAGGUUUGACGACAUUGCCAAGAAGAAUGGAUGUCUUCGCAUCAAAAUUUUGGGCGACUGCUACUAUUGUGUGUCAGGUCUUCCGGACCCAAUUUCUGCACAUGCCAGCAACUGUGUACAGAUGGGCUUGGACAUGUGCACUGCUAUCAGUAAACUGCGAGAGGCAACGGAAGUGGAGAUCAGCAUGCGUGUUGGCGUUCACUCUGGCAACGUGCUCUCCGGCGUGAUCGGCUUGCAGAAAUGGCAGUACGAUGUAUGGUCACAUGAUGUCACGUUAGCCAAUCACAUGGAGUCUGGAGGUGUUCCUGGGCGAGUUCAUAUCACAGAGGAGACCCUAAGACACUUGAAUGGAGCGUACCAAGUGGAAGAUGGCAACGGGGGUAGUCGCGAUCCUCUGCUUAGAGGACGGAAAACCUACUUGGUGAUUGACCCCAAAGAGUCCAGCCUGAUUAAAAGACCUAUAACAGCAAACCCUCAUGCAGCUGUCGAAAACAGGCAGCGGGCUUCUCUGCGCAUGUCUCAGUACCUUCAGUCGUGGCGGACCAUCCACCCUUUUGCCGAGCUCAGCAACAAUCAUGCCAAGAAGAUCAAACCUGUUUCUGUGCCCCCUGUGAGCCAGUCGCCUGCUGAAAGACCACUUUCUCAAAACAACCCCUCCUGCUUGUUUGUAGAUAACUGUAUUAGAGGAUCACUGGACACUCUGGACAUGGCAGGGAGGAGAGCCAAGAGGCUUAACUGUCUGACUUUGCUGUUCAAUGAUGCACGCCUGGAGAAGCAGUUUCGCUUCUCAGAGGUCAAGGGCUUACACCACUCCAUGAGCUGCCUUGCUUUGGUUUUUGUCACACUCUUCACUGUCCAAAUGCUCGUGUCUGACAAGAACUUUGAAUUGGCUGUGUCCUACAGCGCCACUUUUCCUGCACUGGUAAUUCUGCUGUCCAUUGCGUUCUGUGGUUACCUACAGAAAUUGCGUUCCAAGAUAACUCCCCGUGUCCAAUGGAUGUCAGGAGUAUCUCAAGGUGUCUCAACCAGAGUGGUAUUGCGUUUGUUUAUUGUCUGCUUAGCUGUGCUCAUCACACUGCUGAUGGCCAUCCUCAACUUUGUCUUUGUCCCAGGAAAUAACUGCACUGACAUUACUGACAGGACCCAGCUGGAAGGUCUCAAACUCUACACCGUACCUUAUUACCUGUACUGCUGCCUGCUGGCUAUGGUGGGAGUCAUUGUCUUCAUCAGGAUAAGUUUGUCGGUGAAGGCUCUGCUGCUCACACUAGCCGUGGUUGUUUACCUGGCACUCUUCCUCCACGUGUAUGCAUUUAGGUCUGAUUGCCUCGUCAGCCUACUCUACAACACCACCAGGCCUGGUGUUCUGAAGGACCCUCUCAUCAUGUCUGGUGUUUGGCUGGUCAUCUUUUAUAUUGUCUGCCUCAUACUGGCCAGACAGGACGAGCUGGGUUGCCGUGUAGACUUCCUGCUGGAACACUGUUUCAAGCUGGAGCAUGAGGAGAUGGAGACGGUGGAGAACAUCAACAAGCUUCUCCUCCAGAACGUCCUGCCACUACAUGUGGCCUCCUUUUUCCUGGGCAAGACUGUCGGCAACCUGGACCUGUACAGCCAGUCCUAUGACUGUGUGUGCAUCAUGUUCGCCUCUGUACCUCAGUUUAAGGAGUUCUACAGUGAGAGCAGCGCCAACAGGGACGGCCUAGAGUGUUUGCGCUUCCUCAACGAGAUCAUCGCCGACUUUGAUGAGCUUUUAUCCAAGCCCAAAUUCUCUUCAGUGGAAAAGAUUAAGACAAUCGGCAGUACAUACAUGGCAGCUGCAGGGCUGACGCAAUCUUUGGAUGACAGGAAGAAAUGUGACAUGAUCUACAGUCAUGUCCGCUCCAUGGUGGAGUUUGCUAUCGCUCUAAUGAACAAACUGGAGCUCAUCAAUACGCACUCCUUCAACAGCUUCAAACUCCGCAUUGGAAUAAACCAUGGCCCGGUCAUUGCUGGAGUCAUUGGCGCUCAUAAACCGCAAUAUGACAUCUGGGGGAACUCCGUCAACGUGGCAAGCAGGAUGGACAGCACAGGAGUGUUGGACAAGAUACAAGUGACUGAGGAGACGGCCCAGGUGGUCCAGAGCGUGGGUUACGGCAUCACACUCCGAGGGGUGAUUAACGUCAAGGGCAAAGGGGAGCUGACAACAUACUUUGUCAAUACAGAGCAAUCAUCUCCACAGUUCUAAACUCCUCUUUUGAAGGACAAUUACGACGGGUCUGACACAUUGUGUGCGCUGACAUGGCUGUGGCCCUGGCCCUGUUGCUGAUGCUGCUGACUGCCUGGUCAUGUAUGAGCGCUCUAUAUUCACACACGCACUAAUUGCAACAGGAUGCCUUAGUCUUUGGGAUAGGACGCUAAAUAGAAUCCCAAUUGGUUGAAUGACCGUUUUGGUUUUAAAUGAUGAUGCAACUGUGUCUGAAAACUUACCAUCAAUUUGUUUUUUCCAAAUGAUGAUUUGCUGAAUGCAAUGAAGGACAUUCUGUUUAUCUGCACUAAGCGUUUUUGUUGACAAUCUCCAUCUAUGCAACUUGCACUUUCUAGUCACAUUUGUGUACACAAAUAAUGCUGAGAUGAUUGAAUUAUGAUUACAUUAUAAUUCAAUAAUGAUGCCAUUUUAAAGAGCUCAUUUGAUGAUAUAUUUAUAUAUACUGUGUUUCAAAUACAUUAGAAUUGUGUGAAUGUCAUUCAAACUGGUUAUUACAUAUGUGGAAAUGUUUUAUUUUAUUUUAUUUAUGAAUAAUACAAAUUAAUGUAAAAUUAAUAGUGUGCUUUCAUGCACAUAUAUAUAUAUAUAUAUAUUCACAUUCACGAGUCAUACCAAAGACUAUACGAGUCAUACCAAAGACUAUAAAAAUGGGACCCAUUACCUCCCUGCUUGGCACUCAGCAUCAAGGGUUGGAAUUGGGGGUUAAAUCACCAAAAAUGAUUCCCGGGCGCGGCACCGCUGCUGCCCACUGCUCCCUUCACCUCCCAGGGAGUGAACAAGGGGAUGGGUCAAAUGCAGAGGACAAAUUUCACCACACCUAGUGUGUGUGUGACAAUCAUUGGUACUUUAACUUUAACAUGAAGGCAUUUUUGUAUGAGUAAAUAGAAAUAUUUGAAAAAUAAAUAAUUCAUUAAAACUCUGAAAUAUCCCUGCAUGAAUCAAUUACAAAGUCAAUAAUGUGAAUUCAUUAAAAUGCCAAUCAAAUUAAAUGUGUACUAGUGUCCAAACUUUUUAUAAAGAUAACUAGACGAAUUGUAUAUUUGUCAUUUUGUUUACCUCAUAACUUUAAAAAAGGAGGGUGUGUUCCAACUAUUGCGGGAUCACAUUCCUCAGCCUUUCCGGUAAGGUCUAUUUAGGUGUACUGAAGAGGAGACUACACCGGAUAAUUGAACCUCAGAUUCUUGAGUAGCAGUGUGGUUUUUCGUCUUGGUCGGGGAACUGUGGGCCAACUAUGUACUCUCGGCAGGAUCCUUUAGAGUAAAUGGGAGUUCGCCCAACCAGUCGACAUGUGCUUUGUCCUGUGGGGAGUACUCAGAGAGUAUGGGGUAUCUGAUUGUGGCGGUUUGCUCCCUGUAUGAUCAAUGUCAGAGCUUGGUCUGCAUUGCAGGCAGUAAGUCGGACCCGUUUAUAGGGCGCUUCCGACCGGUAGGAGACCACGGGGAAGACCCAGGACAGGGUGGAGAGACUAUAUGUCUCCAAGCUGGCCUGAAAACGCUUUGGGAUCUCCCGGAGAGAGCUGCAAGAAGUAGCUGUGGACAGGGAAGUCUGGGCUUCUCUUGCUUAGGCUGCUGCCCCCGCGACCCGACUUUGGAUAAGCGGAAGAAGAUAGAUGGAUGGAUGGCUGUAUUAAAAAAAAAUGCAAAGCAAAUAUAUACUCAACAAUUCCAUAUUAGAGAAAACAGCUGAACUGUGUAUACAGGUGACGUAAAAUAGUUUGCGGUUGUUUUGACGUAAAAUCAAGAGGUGUGUUUUAAUGUUACGUUCUAAAAAUUGCCUUUUGCGCCACCAAUUUAGUGGCGUCCAAUUUAAGGAUCUAUGUCAUAAACUGUAUUUUUUUUUUUUAAACCUUUAUUUAUAGUAUUCAACAUUUACAAUAUUAACAUACAAGCAAAAAAAUAAUAAUAAUCAAAACAUGUACAGAAACAGUACAAAACAGCGCCACAACUGAAUAAAGCAACUAAAGAAAAAUGCAAAUUAUAUAUAUGUGUAAAGCCAUAAGCUCACACAAGUUCCGUAAAUAAUCCAAAUUUGGAGCACAGCAUCUUAGUUUUCACAGCUUUUUGGUUGUUAGAGGUAUAAACUGUGUUACAGUUAUUUUCAGUUCGGCUUUGGCUCAUCAGAAGAUAGAUAGAUAGAUGGCGCCGCUGUAGUGGCUGCUGUUGGCAGGAGCUCUGUGCUCUUGUGUCAUCCUUUUGUGUUUCCCUCUUGUUUUCAUGUGUUGUAUAUAUAUUUUUUUGCCUUUUGGUUCGGGACCCUUUGGGACUGUGUGACAAGGGGUGGCACUUUCGUCACUUCUGCGGUGCUUUUUUGUGAACUUCUGGAUCGCGCGGAGACCAGCUGCUGGGUCUCCGCCACACCACAGUCCGUUUGGAGAGACUGGAGGAGAUGUGGAUGAAGAGACAGGACGCUUCACAGUGUCUUGGCUGAAUGAGCAGGCAUCGGACACCUCGGUCUCCUUAGACGCAUCCUCGCUCAUCCAUGCGGACUGGACACUGGCCGAGUUGGUGGGCGGCCGAGAGUGGAGUCGGCUCUCUUGGUUGCUUUGUUGGGUCUGCUCCUGUCUCUGGCCAUGCUCCCUCCACCCCAGCAGAUGAUGGCGUGGAACACCGCUACUUUUUAUUCAUAGCUGUAUGUAGAAGUGGCUGGUUGCAUCAGCUCUGCUCUUUUUAAUGUCUUUAAUGUCCUUUGUGUUCUGUGAUGUUUCCCUCUAACACACAUGUAAGAGGGAUAUGUGCUAUGGCUAUGAGUUGUUUUUUUCUCUUGGCCUCAGUCUGGACCCCCUCUCCAGGGGCCCAGGCUUAGACCAAAUUUUUUUUUCUCCCCCCCAUUGUUUACCUGUAUCUCACCUUUUUUGUAAGGGGCGCCGGAAGUUGGCAGACCCGUCAGCGAUCCUGUUCUGUCUCCCUGUAAUGUUUGUCUGCUCUUGAAUGGGAUUGUGCUGAAAA